AGGAUGUGCCGAGACGUCGCCAGGCCGUUGAGGUCGGAUGGCGUCGUCACCUGCGUGGAUGUGCUGCUGGAUGUGGAGACGAAGUAACAGCGAGCCCCGACCAAGAUGCGGGCGGGGCCGUCCACGAGAACGGACUUGUCGCUGGAGGUGUGACUCCCUUUGUCAAGCAAGCGCAUUGGAGUCGUUCAUCGAGGGAAUUCAGAGAUUCAUUGGCUUUUGCACCCCAACGAGAUUCCUAGGGCUUCUCCACGCAAAUGUGAUGCCAAAGUAAUUCCGAUGUCGAAUUUGGAACGUUCUUGCUUCGUCCUUCGACAUGGAAAGGUUUUUGGUGACAGGAUGUCGGCGGCACCAGUGCGUGGGGCCGUGUAGGCACCCUCUAUCCCAUGAACCGGGCAAGAUUCCCUCGCUGCAGCGUCCAUGCGUCUCCUUUCUCCAACAUCUUCGGCUGGACACGAGUACAACUGAUCGGGAUCCGUGUGUCACCGUUUUCAAUCGACGAAGUGGCCUGUAACGAGGAUUACGCUCGGUGGAUUAUGCGCGCUGUCCGUGGUCGAAUCCCAACCCCCCUCGUCGUAAUCAUGCUUGGCGCUCGUGAUGGAGUGCUCGGAGCGGAGGUCGUAUUCCUCGUGGAGCUCCUGGCAGUGCAGUAGGGAGCGCCAUUCUCUGACUGAUGCCCGGACACGGAACCUAGCAAGAGGAACCCUGCUGUCGCACCAUGGAUCAUGUGAAAUCCUUCCUCGGUGCCGACUUCCUGGAGCCAUCCAGGAGCCGACUGAGAGCGACCACGGCAAUUGGUUUGAAUAUUGGCAAAAUUGACGAAAAAUAGUGAAAAGCUGUUGAAUUUUGAGAAAUUGCCCCGCCGUCAAGUCAACAUGAGCAUGUGGCCGUCGUUACAAGAGCACAACCUGGAGAAGUCUGGGUCUGCGCUCGUGCUGGUGGCCGCCCUCUUGGUGCGAUGGCUUGUGUCGCUGCAUUCAUACUCAGGAAUGAGCACACCGCCUAUGUUUGGCGACUUUGAAGCGCAACGCCACUGGAUGGAGCUCACAUUUCACCUCCCUGUCGCCGACUGGUACUUCUAUGACUUGCAGUACUGGGGGCUUGACUACCCUCCGCUUACAGCCUACGUGUCAUACUUCUUCGGCUACGUCGCUCAAUUCGUCGAGCCAGAGCUUGUGGCGCUAAAAGCCUCUCGAGGAUACGAAACCGCGACAGGCAAGGUGUUCAUGCGCGUGUCGGUGCUUGUCUGCGACCUCGUGGUCUUCAUGCCGUCGCUCCUCCUCCUGGCCAAAGGAAUAUACAAGCGACAAUGGGCACUACGCAUGGAAUUCCUCAUGCUCGUGCUGCUCCAGCCCGCGUUCAUCCUCAUCGACCACGGACACUUCCAGUACAACAACGUGUCACUGGGCUUCACGACACUCUCCGUCGCGUGCAUCUUGCAAGACUACGAGGUCCUCGGGUCCAUCUUCUUUAGCUGUGCAUUGAAUUUCAAGCAAAUGGCGCUGUACUACGCGCCUGCCAUCACGUUUUACCUCGUCGCCAAGUGUCUCUACCGCCCCAACUUUUUCCUGCACUUCGCUAAACUCGGCGCGGCGGUCAUCGGGUCGUUUGCAGUUCUGUGGCUACCCUUGUGCGCCUCGGGCCUCUCGGAAUGUGGCACCACGAUUGCUCAAAUGCUCCACCGAGUGUUUCCGAUUGCCCGGGGCUUAUUCGAAGACAAAGUUGCCAACGUGUGGUGCUGCGUCGAUUUGUUUUGGAAGCUUCGCCAUCGCGUUGCACCGCAGCACCUCGUAUACCUCUGGUCCGCCUGCACACCAACAACUCUCGAGGCGACUCAUGUUUGUUGCCGUGUAGCACGGCCGCAACCUUUGUUGGCUUUCUGCCGUCCAUCGUCGACCUCGUGCGCCGCCGUCCGACUCGCGUGCGGUUCUUCCUCGCGCUCUUCAACUCGUCCAUGUCGUUCUUCCUCUUGUCGUUCCAAGUGCAUGAGAAAACAAUUCUCCUUCCGCUGCUCCCCAUGACGUUUCUGCUUUCGGAAGCACCGCUCUUAGCCAGUUGGUUUGGCCUUCUUGCGACGUUCAGCAUGCACUUUUUACUGGUCAAGGAUGGACUCGUCGUGCCUUACAUCGUCGCCAUCAUCGGCUACACAGCGUUCGGCAUCGUACCGCAUCUUUGGCAAUCGCGACUGUCGACUGCCCCCUCGGCCCCAGGGCUGCCACCAAGCGGGUCGCCGCCGCUGUGGCAGCGCAUUUACGUUGUGGUACAAUGCGUCUUUAUCAUCUGCACUUUCCCCACCAAAUCCAUGGUAGGCAUCUAUUGUGGGCAUUGCGAUCUUGCAAGUCCUGGCCUGGUCGGUGGCCCCGCCAUCCAAGUACCCCCACAUCCACGAGUACUUGUUUGCCCUGUACUCGUGUGGUCAUUUUGUCCUGGCGCUGGUAUACACGACGUAUUGGCAGUGGACGGCGCCGGGACCCACGGCCGCCGACGAAAAAGACAAAGUCGAGUAAUGAACGAUGGAACCUAUAAAUAAUUCGGCGACGUCACAUGGUCGUGGUGAUGGACUUGAAGUACGAGACUGGCAGCCGCGGCAGGACGGGGGCUCUGGAACAGUGGCAAUGGCGGGGUGCGGGAGAGCUCAUGGCUCGGCGUUGCCGAGUCAGUUUGAACUUGCGCCGCAGACAAGCGGUCGGCAGGUCGCGGACGCAAGAGGCGAGUAAUGAGUUCGACUGCGUCGGGGGUCAAGGUAGACGUGGAAGAAUGCGGCGAUGCGUCGAGGACUGCUUUGAUGCCGGUCGACGGAUCCGAAGCCUGGGCAUGGAAGAAGCGGUGAAAGGUCGGAUCCAGCAUCGUGGCCUUCUCAAAGAGCGGGCGGCCUGUCAAAAGCAUGAAGAGAAGAAUCCCCAGAGCCCAAAGAUCGCUGGCCUGUGCGUUGUACGGUCUUCUUAGAUGCAUCUCGGGGCUCAUGUAAUACAGCUUGCCGACGCCUGUAUAUCGCGUAACAUCGUGGACGAUGGCGAGGCCAAAGUCACAGAGCUUGACCGAGAUGGGGGCGUCGCGCUGGUCCGUGAUGACGAUGUUUUCCAGGGAAAUGUCGCCGUGUGCAAUCUCGAGGCCAUGGAGGUGGUUCACGGCAGAAACCACUUGCUGAAAGAUAGCGAUAGCAUGCGCUUCCGCCCACGACGCUGAGAAUUUCUUCGUCAUUAGCGUCAGCAGGUCGCCCCCAGCACUAUAGUCAAACACCAAGUGGAGGGCUCCAUUGGCAACAAAACCAUCACGCAUUGACACAAUGCCGUCAUGGCGGUGCUUGUUGAUGAUAUUGUUGAUAUGCAUUUCGUUGAAUGCCGCGGUGUCGCCUGUUAGUUUGUCCAAGCUCGCUGCGGCAACUUGAAUCGUCUUGACCAGGACGACGUCGUUCGACGGAAUGUGCUUGUACAGGAAGAUGUUGGAGUUGCCUUCAGCAUUCAGUUGCUGGACUAGUGCAUAGGACGACGACAGCGGGGGCAUUUUAGUGCCUGCGGCAACGAGCGCCGAUUGCCAAGUGAAGCCGAUGGCGGCGGCCGUCCGCUGCGCGGUUUCCACCUACGUAUACAUUACACCCCGG